AUCACCGUCGCGAUGAAGGAGUGGGGCGCGAUCGUCGCCGCGCUCGAGGCUGGCGAGCAGACGAUCGUCUUCCGCAAGGGCGGGCUGAGGGACGGCGACGGCGGGUUCGAGCUCGUCGCCAGACACUUCGCGCUCUUCCCCACGGCGUAUCAUCCGAGCGAACGCAUCACCGAGGCGACGCCGCUGCGAGAGAGAGCGCGAGCGUUCAUGGAGACGCCGACGCCGGACAUGAAGAACGGCGACGCCGUGCCGGUGACGCUCAUCGCGGAGUGCACGGGCGCGUGGGUCACGAAGGACGCGAGCGUGUUUGAAAAACUCGCCGCGCAUCACGCGUGGACCCCGGAGCUCCUCUCCGCGCGGAUGAAGUGGAAGCCGGAGGCACCGAUCACGAUCCUCGAGCUCAGGGUGAAGAAACUCGCGGACGAGGACGCGGCGCUGACGACGCUGCCGCCGGAUGUGGAGCGAUACGGCGGGUGCAGGUCGUGGAUAGAUCUU